AUGAUAGAAAGCAAUGAUUCUUUUGAGCCAAAUAAACAAAACCGAACUAUUCAAUCUUCUAUUGUUACAAAGUCGUCACCGAAUACAUUUCAUUCAAUGUUCAAUAAAGACGAAAAAUUACUGGAAAUGAGUUCUCAAUCUCCAAUAAAGGAUGUAAAUUCUUAUUCUCCAAAUGUUACUACAUACAAUUGUGUAGGAAACAAUUCGUCCCCCUCCUCAAGAAUUGUAUCACCCAUUUCAAGUGCAAGUGUUUUUGUCGAUAUGACACCUAAUGGAAGACAUUUAUUACACGCAGAAGUAGCUGAUGAAGAACCGAAUCCGGAUACAUGCUCGCCUAAUCCCCAAAAAUUCCUACAAAAUAGACUCAAUCUGUUAGCUAGCCGUAAUUUGCUUAACCAUUAUGUUAAUUCAAACGAAAACAAUUACUUUGGAAAACAAUUGAGCUCUGAUGUUAUCUCAAGUAUACCUGAUUUACAAUAUAAUGAAACAGCAGUUCAAGACAUGGUAAUUAAUAAACUAACUAUGUCAACUCAAAUGAUACCAGAUACAAUUGAAGAGGCCAGAAAAAGAGAUCCAGACUUUGUUUCAAAGGCAUUAGAACAAACUUUAGAAGAUGGUGAAAUACAAAAACCAAUACAUUAUUGGAGUCAAAUUGAAUUUGAUAUGCUAAUUAAUGAGCUAUCUACAAAUUUUAUCGAUGGGAUUGAUGAAGAAAAGGCAAUUGAACUUAUGGAAAAAAAAUAUGGUCCCAAUAAACUUCAAAAAGAAAAGCAUGAACCAAUUUGGAAAAUUUUUCUCAGUCAAUUCACAUCACUUGUUGUUUCAUUGUUAUUAGUUGCAGGGAUAGUUUCACUAGCAUUUCAAGAAUGGGUCGAAGGUGUCGGGAUUUUAUUUAUUGUAUUGAUUAACGCAAGCCUUGCAACAUACAUGGAAAACAAUGCAUCUAAUGCACUAGCAAAACUCGCAGAUUUAUCCUCCCCAAAAUGCACAGUAAUAAGGUCCGGGAUUAUAAAUAUAAUACCUGCAUAUAAUCUUAUUCCAGGAGAUAUUGUUUUGUUGAGAACUGGUGAUAGCGUUCCUGCAGAUGUUAGGUUAAUUGAAGCUACCGAAAUUAAGUGUAAUGAAGCUUUACUUACCGGUGAAUCAGAAGAUGUAUCGAAGCACUUGAUUAACUCUGAUCUAAAUAAUCCUUUCCCCACAAAUAUUUGUUUUGCUUCAACUGCAAUUACAAAUGGAACAGGAAAGGCAAUAGUUGUACUUACUGGAAUGAACACACAAAUAGGAAGAAUUGCACAGCAAUUGAAACUUGCCAGUGGUGGUUCAAACAGUGGUACGCCACUACAAAUCGGACUAAAUAGGCUUGGUGGAUUCAUAGGAUUUAUGUCAUUAAUUGUAUUGGUAAUCAUAGUAAUUGUAGCUUUACUUACAAAUUACAAAGAUCCAUCUCAUCCAAACAGUAAUCCUGUACUUGGUAUUAUUCUUGUUGCUGUGGGGUUCGCUGUUUCAUCUAUACCAGAAGGUUUGCCUAUGGUAGUUACAAUAUGUCUAUCAAUUGGUUGUUCCGAAAUGUGUAGAAGAAAAGCAAAUAUUAGAAAACUACCUGCAGUUGAGACGUUAGGAUGUUGUUCAGUUAUUUGCAGCGAUAAAACUGGAACACUAACCGAAGGAAAAAUGACAGCAGUUAAAUUAGCUACCUUUUCUAGGAAUAGUACCAAAUUAUUGAAUGGGUCUCCUACAGGCAAUGAAAUAUCGAAUUCUUAUGGAGAGCUUCAAGAAAAUAACUAUUGCGUCUUUUCAUUUUACCCUACAAGAGGUAGUGACCCAAAUGGAGGCGUUUUUCUGUCAUCUUCUCUCACACAAAAUAUUAAAGAAGACAUAAUGAACUUAAUAUCGUUUAAUAAAAACAAAACGAUAGAGAUGACUGAAAAUUCUAAUUUUGAAACUAAGAAUGAAAUAUUCCCAAAUGACAAAAUCCCAUUUAAAUUCAUCAAUUACAAUUCAGUAUGUAAAGACUUUGGAGAUCCUAUAAACGGCCAUCUUCCUCAAACCAAAUAUGUUAGAAGUGCGCUUUUAGCAGGGUACUUAAACAGCUAUGGAACUGCUUUAGUAUAUGAUAAUGAUAGCAAUUCUUGGAAAACCAGAGGAAAUAUGAGUGAAGGAGCAAUCGUUGUAGCUGCAGCUAAAGCAUCAUAUGGAAUAAAGAACAAGAUUUUUGAUUCGAGAAAACAAGAAAAUGAACCAAAGCAAACCAAUACUGAGAAAAGCAGUAAUAUAAUUCACUCCAAAUUAAAUGCUCAGAGUUUUAGCAGUAUUAGUAAUGGGAACAAUGCUGGUAUUGAAGUUGUUACUACGGGUAGCUCUCCGGUGCAGUGUAUACUCAAUUCCACCUCUACUGAUAGCAAUAAACUAAAAAAUUAUACAGCUGAUGCGAAGAAUACAGAAAACAGAACAAUUUUUGCUAUUCAAGAUGAAAUGGAGUAUUUAAGAGUCCCUUCUGCAGAAGUACCAUUUACUUCUUCUAGAAAAAUGAUGAUGACUGUUCAUUCUCUUGCUACCCCCAACAAAUUUGGAGACAUAGUUUUUUCAAACGAUUCAAAAUCGAAUAAGCAAGCUAAUAAUCAAAAUAAAAUUCCAAAUUUCUGUUCACAGAGGCAUUCAAAGACAGUUGACAAUCUUGAUUCUGGUAUUUACACUCAUGUUGCAAUAUUGAAAGGUGCCCCUGACCAGAUUGUAAGACACGUAGGCUUUAUGCUUAAUACAAGCUGGAAAAAUGAAGAGUCAAUAGUCCAAAUUGACUAUUCAGAAAAAAUAAGUGCAAAGGAAAUUUUUGAAAUAGAAAAUACGAAUAAGAUUUUGAGUGGAGAGGCUUUGAGAGUUCUUGGAAUUGCAAUCCUUCCACUGACUAGUGAGGAUUUUUUUGAUUUAGUUACAGAAGAAUGUAGUGAUAAAAGAUUAAAGUAUGUUUUAGACAAAAAUGAGCUUACUCUUUUAGGAUUGAUAGGAUUUUUGGAUCCACCCAGACCUGGAGUUGAAAAAGCCAUCACUAAAUGUUGUGAAGCAGGUGUAAGAGUAAUUAUGAUUACAGGAGAUCAACAACCAACUGCGUGUGCAAUUGCAAGGUCAAUUGGGUUGCUAUCAGAUGAAAAUGAAUUUAAUAGUAAUCGAGAAAACAAUGUGGGCUCACAGAAUACAAUAUCUGGAUCUAUUAUUUGUAACCAAUUACAUGAGAAUGGUGACGCUUCUAGACCACAUUUGCCAAACGAAAUGUUCGAUCAAAUUGUUUCAUCAGUAAGCGUAUUUUGUAGAGCUCAACCAGAAGAUAAAAUAGCAAUUGUUCGUUCACUUCAAAGGCAGGGAGAAGUUGUCGCAAUGACAGGGGAUGGCGUAAAUGAUGCACCUGCACUGAAAGCUGCCGACAUCGGAGUUGCAAUGGGGAUAAGUGGUACUGAAGUUGCUAAAGGUGCCUCUGAAAUGGUUUUGCUUGAUGACAACUUCGUAACAAUAGUAAAUGCUAUUGAAGAAGGAAGAAAAAUAUAUUCAAAUGUACAGAAAUUUGUAGCUUUUUUACUUGGGACUAAUAUUGGAGAAAUAAUUUACUUAUCAAUCGCAAUUGCAGCACAACUUCCUAUUCCAAUAGCUGCUCUUCAGAUACUGUUUUUAAACUUAAUGUCAGACGGUGGACCCGCAGUUGCACUCAGUGUUGACCCCCCUGAUCCAAAUAUGAUGAAAGUACCUCCCAGGCCAAAAAAAAGUCCAAUAAUGACGAGAGACUGGUGGAUAUUUGGGAACAUUCCUCACGCAAUAUUUGAAGCAAUUUGUGUUCUUUCAGUGCUGAUAAUUUCAAUGUAUACAUCUUUAGGAGUUUUUCAGAGAAAUACUAUUGAAUCGCUUUGUCUCCAUGAAUCAAACAAUAGAUACUUUUGUCAAACUAAUGAAUGGAGAUUAAAUUUAAUUGACUUAGAAAAAACUGGAUGGGUAACAAACAUUGAUUUUUAUAACCCUUUGACUAAUAGUAUGGAACAAAUCUUGGGUGUAGCUAAAGGAAAGAUAAAUUCAACACUUUCACCUUCUGAAAUUCCAUAUGUCAAAAAUUUAUAUGAGAAGGCGGAGACAUUGGGAAUCUCUUGUGUAGCUGGGAAACAUGGUUGGUGCAUCCCCCAACAGAAGACAAUUAAUGAUGAAUAUAUUGAUUUGGUUGCUUUCGGAACAAUAAGAGGUAGGACAGCAUCUUUCAUUGCUGCAGUAUUUUGUGAGAUGUUACGAGCAUAUACAGUCAGAACUUGGGAUUGGUUCACGAAACCUUUGUUUAAUAACCCGUGGCUACACUUUGCUUGUAGCUUAAGUGCCAGUAGCACAUUAAUUGUAACAUUUACUCCUGGCUUACAACAAAUUUUCGGAACAUAUACAAUAUAUUGGUGGCUUUAUAUUCUAGCAAUUGGUGCAGGAUUCCUAAAUAUGGCAUUUGAUGAACUUGUACCUAAACCUCUAUACCGAAGAAUUGUCGAAAGAAGAAGAAUAAGGGCAAAGUUAUUAGCUGAGAGAGAUGUAAAUAGGAUUACUAGAUCUGAAUACUUUGAAAAUAUUUAG